GCCGAGGGGGCGGGGCCUCCCUCUGGCUUCCCGCUGCCGUUUUGCCGUCUCCGUUCGCCGUCUCUGCGGAUCGGGCGCCUCAAGGUUCGUCGCGUUCUCGCGCAAAUCGUCGCAAGGCUCGACACGAUAAGGGGGCGAAGCGACAACAGCGUCGCCCUUCCUGCGAGUCGUCGUCGUCGUCCAAAGUUUGGAGUUUAAAACUUUAAACUUAUUAAGAAAAAGCGCGCGGAGGAGGCGGCGGCGGCCUGAGGCAACCGGGACGCGUCCCGCCCGUAGCCAGCAAACUUGAGCGUUUUAGUUUGGUGAUGGGAAAGUCUGGCAGUAAGCUAAGGCAAGAUCAACUCGAAGAUAUAACGAGGAGGACUUACUUCACUGAGAAAGAAGUCCAACAAUGGUACCGAGGCUUCAUGAAGGAUUGUCCUAACGGGCAGCUCGACUCGGCCGCCUUCCAGACGAUUUAUCGGCAGUUCUUCCCGUUCGGGGACGCCUCCAAGUUUGCGUCGUUCGUCUUCAACGUGUUCGACGAGAACAAGGACGGGCGCAUUGAGUUUGGCGAGUUUAUCCAAGCGCUGUCGGUUACGUCGCGUGGCACCAUGGAUGAGAAGCUCAAAUGGGCGUUUAAGUUGUAUGACCUGGACAGCGAUGGCUACAUUACGCGGCAGGAGAUGCUGCACAUCGUAGACGCCAUCUACAAGAUGAUGGGCAACACGGUGGAGCUCCCGGAGGAGGAAAGCACGCCAGAGAAACGCGUCGACCGGAUCUUCGCCCUCAUGGACAAGAACGAGGACGGACGCCUGUCUCUGCAGGAGUUUGCCGAGGGCUCCAAGGCCGACCCGUCCAUUGUGCAGGCGCUGUCUCUGUAUGAUGGCCUCGUGUAGUGUGACACGGCAUCGUACGGCAGCAGCGUGCUGUGGUGGUGCCAGUGUAAGGGCACGCUGGUGCUUAUCAAAGGGACGGUGUUGCACGGGUGCUAGCUGCCCUCAUGUUGACGGACGGUGCCCUAAUGCUGGCGCAUGGUGCCCUGUGUAAAUGAAGAAUGCUACGAUGGGUACGGCAUGGCGUCCCAGUUGCAGUGCAGGGUAUCAUUGCUCUUGCAUGGCAGCCUAAUGGCAGUGCAGGUUGCCCUUCUGUUAUCGCAGGGUGCCUAGUGUUAAUACGGGGUGCCUAGUAUUAAUGUAUAGUGCUCUAGUGUUAACACAGGGUGUCCUUGUGAAAAUGAGGAGUUUUCUAGUGUUCAUGUAGAUAGCUUUAUGUUAAUGCAGGGUGCCCUAGUGUUGAUGCUGGGAGUCCUGUGUGUAUGCAGGGUGUCGGGAGAACAGCCCUGGAAGAUGAUAUCAGAACUACUGUAUAUCCACACUAGGAGCACACCUUUUACAAUUUUUUUUUACAAAUUUUUUUUACUAUUUUUUUUUACAAUUUUUUAAAACUAUUUUUUCUUUAACCAGGUAAGGCCCACUGAGCUAUUUUUUUUCUCAGAAGCGACCUGACCACAAAUGAUGACUCAAUGAAGUGGCUUAUCACGUGGAAAUGUACAGCAGCCAAAUACUCGUAAACACACGCAAGCCCUGCACAGAACGCUCAUCACGUGUAAAUCAUGUUAAAAACAUUUUUGAUUCUCAGAGCUGAAAUGUUGCCAAAUGUAGGUGAAAAACAAGAUUUGAUACGAUGUUGUGUGCUCAGUCACGAGUGCGAUUGGGCUGUGUCCCUCAACUUUCUACACUUGAAAAAUUAAUUUUAAGUAGGGGUGGUGGUUAAAAACUUGGAACUGAACCCAGGUUCUCAGCAGCGCCAGCUCAGUGCUCUGACCCCCUGAGCUAGCCGGCUAUCUCGCAGGAAACCCUGGAAUGAAUGCCGGGUUGCUGUUUUACAAAUCGGUGCCGCACCUUGAAUGGGUUAAACUUGAUGCUUCCAAGUGCGUAUGUAUGUUGAACUUCUUUCGCACCGCACGUAGUCAACCGUGCUGAUUGGAGGUGCGGGGGAAGGACAGCAAACUAAACACAAAACCUAUGGUACUGGCGGUAAUGCAUGUAAUGUGGCCCUGGGGGCAUUUUAUUGAUCUGGUCACCACCCCAACAGAUUUUACAGUUUGUCAUAAUUCGGGGUCAUGAAUUUAUUCAAUAGAUUAUUUUUUUUCGUCUCAUUACCAUCUCGUUAGCGUUGACUCUCUCUCGCUUGAACUCUCGUUUGCUUCUUCAGCAGAGACGGACAACAUUUGCAUGUAAUCUGCACGAAUCACAGAAUGAUUGAUUCUCAAGCGCACUAUUCAAUGCAUGUAUUGAGAGCAAAAUAAUCCAUUUUAAUCGGACUUGUUAAAUUCCUCGUGGCUACGCUUCACGUGGCGCCUGGUGAAUUGAUUGCUGCUGCUGUGAUUGUGCGGGUGUAAGAGCUUCUGCUAUAUUUUUGUAUAAAAGCGCGUGAUAAUA